AUAUCCAAUCAAACACCACUACAUUUUGCAUGCAGUCGUGCAUCAAAACGUGGUUUUCGUGUCGUGCAAUUAUUGCUAAAACAUUGGAAAGAAGGUCGUCUUGUAGAAGAUUUACAAAAAUGUUUACCGAUUAAUUAUGCAGUAAAAUGUGGUAAUAUAGAGACGGUUAAAUUACUAUUGGAAAUUGAUGAUAGUAAUCAAUUAAUGCAU